UAACAUAACCUCAUUGUCAAUUAUUUAAGGGAAUUUCGCAUCUUUUUGAUUUCAAUUUUUCAGUUUUUUGGACCAUUUAACUGACUUUCUCAGGCAAAAAUGGUGAAGUUAAGUGCGGAGCUUGUGCAAAACUCCAUGCAAUUUAUAAAUCCCGUUAAAGAUAGGGAACUUGAUCUCAGAGGUUAUCGAAUACCUGAAAUAGAGAACCUGGGAGCCACUGGAGAUCAGUUUGAUACCAUAGAUUUUUCGGACAAUGAUAUUCGAAAACUAGAUGGAUUCCCAUAUCUGAAACGGCUUAAGUGUUUACUUUUAAAUAAUAACAGGAUCGUAAGAAUAGCGGAUCAUCUAGAAGAAUACAUUCCAAAUCUUGAGUCUCUCAUUCUCACAGGAAAUCAAAUUGAAGAACUUGGAGACUUAGAAGCCCUUUAUUCACUAGAAAACUUGACCACUUUAAGUUUAUUGCUCAAUCCAGUCACCUCAAAACCUCAUUACAGAUUAUAUGUCAUCUACAAACUACCACAGUUAAAACUACUAGACUUCAGAAAGAUUAAGCAAAAAGAGAGGAGUGAGGCCAAAGAACUAUUUAAAAGCAAGAAAGGAAAAGAGAUUCAGAAAGAGAUAAUCAAGAAAUCCAAAACAUUUGUUCCUGGAGGCAGCAUGCACAAUUUAGCUAAAAGUCGGGGCUUGUCUGAUGAGGAGAUUUCAAAGAUAAGGGAAGCUAUUAAUAAAGCUGCUACUUUGGAGGAAAUUGAAAGGUUACAGAAGAUUUUGCAGGGUGGUCAAAUUCCUGGAAGUGAAAAUGAAGGUCAGCAAAAUGGCAAUGCUACCAUGGAAUAUGAAUAACAACUAAUAUAAGUCAGGUAUAGUAUUUAAAGUUAAGAAUUAAAACUUCAACCUUAAAAAUGUACAAUAUAUUUCUUAUUAUUUUGAAUGUUAAGCUGAUAAGGACAACCAUUUUUAAAAUAUAAUGUAACUAUUGCUAUUGUAAUAUGAUAUUAUUGAAAUCUCUCAGCAAGGUUGGGAAGCGAUCAAAAACCAGCGAGCGGUUUUAAUAAACUAUUUUCAUACAUG